AUGGGUUCCCCGGAAGUUCGGAUUCCUCUCACUCCAUUUGACCACUGUGUGCCCAGGGCCUACUAUAACGGGGCUAUUUAUCUGUCUAUCAGACCUGGGGUAACUUUCACCGAGGCAUUUGCUGUUUUACAUGAAGCGUUGCACAGAACAUUCGUUACUGUGCCUUGGCUGAGUGGCAAAGUACAUCUGCAGUCUUCUGAUUCACCCGGCUGGCGCCCAGGACAAGGAGAAAUUCGAUACUGUCCUGUUGAUGUUAAUGAUCCAUGGCCACACCAAUUCAAAUUUAAGGAACUAGAGUCGUCUGUAAGCUUCGAUGAGAUUAAAGAUGCCGGUUUUCCCACUGACACCUUCAACGAUGAUGACCUGGUGUGGUCUCCAUUCUUUGCCGAUCUCAGCAGUACCCCGGAAGUUUUUGUUGGUCAAGCUAACUUCAUCCCGGGGUGCUGCAUUAUUACUGCAGCCAUUCACCACUCCGCCAGUGAUGAAACCGCUUUUUUUCAUGUGCUAAAGCUAUGGUCGGGAAAUUGCAAUGCGUUGCAGCGAGAGAGCAAAAGGUUGGCGGAAAUGUCUGUAGGAAGUUCUGACCGCAGCGUUCCAGAUCGACUCUGGACUCGGGAAAGGACAGGGGAAAAUGUCGAUGAAAUUGACCCUCAGACGUGGAUGCUAAUCGGCAUAUCUCCAUCGGAUAUUCACCAAGAACCUGUGAAAGCAUCAACUAGUGCAGCAGCCCACGCACCACCCCCAAAAUCGACCCUAAGAGCACAACAGCUGUUGAAAGCCGGAAUUUUUUAUGUCUCACCGUCUGGGCUGUCUGCCCUUCAAAGAGAUAUUGCGCAGGAACUUGGUGGCUCUGGAGGAAUAUCUAGUAAUGAUGCAGUUUGCGCUUUGAUUUGGCGCUGUUUCCUCAGAGCUCGAUCAAUGGCACGAAAGGCGAGCGGCAAUAGUAGCGAGGAAUCUGGGGAAGCCGAUGCUGUGCUGAACAUGGUGUGUGACGGACGACCCAACUUUUCCACUGGUCUGCCCCCGAAAUACUUGGGAAAUAUCACUUUCAAUGUCUUAUCCAAGCUUCCACUACCGUCGCUUACUUCGACCGACACAAGUAUUGCCACAGUUGCCGCGACUAUCCGCCGUGGAGCUAGUAGCAUUGGAUCUGCUCACUUGAUGGAUCUGUACACUUUGCUCCAGAAUCUGUCUGGUUUUGACGAUCUCGCUAGAUGGAAGAGAAACCGGACAUCCUCUAUUGAGGGGAACAACAUGGCAAUCUCGUCCAUGAUCAUGUUUCCCGUUUCCGAUGUCAAUUUUGGCGACCGCAUAUUCGGGAAUCGGGGUAUGGUAGAAGCGAUUAGACCCUUUAUGGACGGACUCAAUCGAUUCACUCGGAUAUGUUUCGUGCUUCCGAGGAAUAAAAAUGGGAGUGUAGAGUUUGUGGCUAAUUUGUUUGACGAAGAAAUGGAUAUUCUCAUGGAGGAUGAGGAGUUUGCAAACUACGCAACCUGCUUAAGUUGGGCCUAG